ACCCCCGAUUGACUCGCUUGCGCCGGGUGCAAAACAGAAAAUUGCUUGGAAGAAACGCCGAGAAUAUCAUUGAACGUCAACUAUAAUCUAUUUUUCUCUUGAAAUUUGAUUCUCUAGUUCUCAUAUUUUGCAAGAGAAAUAAUGGCUGCAAAAGCUGUCUGUGUGCUGAAUGGAGAAGCAGUGAAGGGCACUGUAUUUUUUGAGCAGGCUGCUGAGGGUGCACCUGUGAAGGUCAGCGGUGAGGUCACCGGACUCACUAAAGGCUUACAUGGUUUCCAUGUCCACGAGUUUGGGGACAAUACCAAUGGCUGCACUAGUGCUGGGCCUCAUUUCAAUCCUCUGAACAAGACCCACGGUGGCCCCCUGGACGACGUUCGCCAUGUGGGUGAUCUUGGAAAUUUGGAUGCUGGAGACGACGGAAAGGCCACCAUUGACAUUUCAGAUAAUCUGAUUUCCCUGUCUGGUGCUCACAGCAUUAUUGGAAGGACUGUUGUUGUCCAUGCUGACCCAGACGAUUUGGGCAAGGGCGGCCACGAGCUGAGCCCUACCACUGGCAACGCUGGUGCCAGGGUUGCCUGUGGAGUCAUUGGCAUCGCCAAAGUGUAAAAUCUUUAUUGCCAUGGCAAUCCUUUCAAGAUCAGAAACCAUUGCAAGUUUACUGUUGCAGAGCCGCAGUGGGCCACAGCAAAAUUUAAGUGGCAUUCGAGAAUCACUAUCUUUUACCAUUCCCACACUGAUAUGUUCAGUCAAAAAAUCCUUAUCUGAACAUAAUCAUUGUCACAAGCCAACUCUUGUGAAUAAAUAGUUACUGUAUGUUUGAGAAGGUCUUU